CCCCACCACUUCUCUCUCCCUCUCUCCCUCUCCACUCUCUCCCCUUUCUCUCACAGUUAUAAGAAAGAUUAAAUGGAGAGGGGGAGAGAGGAGAGGAGAGAGGACAUGGCUUCUUCAGUCUCAGCUCCUACAAAGCUUCCAUUUCUCUCUCUUCUUCUAACUCUAUUUAUUUUUCUUGGGUCCUUUAUUACUACUACUACAUGCAUUAAAGCAGCACAUGAAUCGGAUAAAGUACUAAAUCUACCAGGUCAGCCUUCAAGUCCACCACUCUCUCACUUCUCUGGCUACAUCACAGUUAACCAAGAUCAUGGGAGGGCACUUUUCUAUUGGUUCUUUGAAGCUCAAUCUCAUCCGUCCAUUAAGCCCCUCUUGCUCUGGUUCAAUGGAGGACCUGGUUGUUCAUCAAUUGGGUAUGGUGCUGCUGUGGAAUUGGGUCCUCUCAGAGUCGAUGCAAGUGGUUCUGGUCUUGAAUUCAAUAAACAUUCUUGGAAUAAAGAAGCCAAUAUGCUGUUUGUGGAGUCACCAGUGGGAGUUGGGUUCUCUUACACCAACACAUCUGCUGAUUUUACCAAAUUGGAUGAUGUGUUUGUUGCUGAGGAUGUCUACAAUUUCCUGGUGAAUUGGAUGAAAAGAUUUCCACACUUCAAAAACCAUGAUGUCUUCAUAUCAGGAGAGAGUUAUGCAGGACAUUAUGUGCCUCAGCUGGCAGAGCUUGUGUAUGACAGAAAUAAGGAUACAAGUAAAUAUCCCUAUAUUAAUCUCAAAGGUUUCAUAGUAGGGAAUCCAGAAACAAAUGAUUACUAUGAUUAUAAAGGACUGCUAGAGUAUGCAUGGAGCCACUCAGUAAUAUCAGAUCAAGAAUUUGAAAAUGCUAAAAAAGUAUGCAAUUUCAAGGUCUUUGAUUGGUCUGGUGAAUGUAAUGCAGCCAUGAGUGUGGUAUUUGAGAAGUACAAUGAGAUUGACAUCUAUAAUAUCUAUGCCCCUAUUUGUCUUCUCAACACUAGUGGUAGUGGCCGUGGCAGUGACGGUGAUAUAUUUUCUUCUAAGCAGACACAAAACUAUCGAUCGAGGAGGAUGAGAAUAGGUGGUGGAGGUGGGUAUGAUCCAUGUUACUCUACAUAUACACAACACUACUUCAACAGGGUUGAUGUUCAAACAUCUCUUCAUGCAAAUACUAGAGGAGGUGCAAAUGGUUUUGUCAAUUGGAAUGUCUGCAACAAUUCUGUAUUAGGCACAUAUAACUUUACUGUAUUUUCUGUCCUACCCAUCUACACUAAACUCAUCAAAGGUGGCCUCAAAAUUUGGAUUUACAGUGGAGACACAGAUGGGAGAGUGCCAGUGAUAGGGUCAAGAUACUGCAUUGAAGCUCUUGGAUUGCCUCUCAAAUCCCCAUGGCGUUCUUGGUACCACAACCAUCAGGUGGGAGGGAGGAUAGUUGAGUAUGAAGGCUUGACAUAUGUGACAGUGAGAGGAGCUGGUCACUUGGUACCUCUUAACAAGCCCAGCCAAGCACUCUCUCUCAUUCACUCUUUCUUAUCUGGCAAACAUCUCCCAGCACAAAGAUGAUUAUUGGUGGACUAUUGCUAAAUUAAUGAUUAAUAAUGGACCAUUGUGAAAUUCUAGUGACAUGAUGUACUUCCACUAUAUAAUUUUUUGUUUCAUUUUCUUUUUGUCAUUUUACAUCUCAAUGAUGCAAUGGUAGGCAGGGACGGACCUAUGCGUGGGUCAAAAGGGCCACGGCCCCCUUGCUAAAAUUUAAAAAAAGCUUAUUAUAUAUUUUGAACUUAAUAUUAAUAAUAAAUAAUUAUUUAGAAAA